AUGUCUACAUUAGAGGGUUCGGAGAGUGCUGAUUCCAUGGAUGAGGAUACGAGUCAAGUACCACAUGCUAGAAGGUCCAAGGCAUGGGAGCAUUAUGAAGCAGAUCUGGUUCUCGUAGAGGGUGAUCUCAAGGCUAUGUGCAAAUACUGUGGAGUGCAACUUCACACCAAGUUUGGGACAAGCAGUUUGAGGACCCAUAUUGCAGAGGCUUGCCGAUCAAUUCCGGAUGCUUGCAGGAACAGGUUUUUGUUGACCAUGAAAAAAAAACAUCCGAAGGUCUGUUUGUGUUUGAUGAAAAAGUUUGUCGUGAACUCAUGGUGA